ACUAAGUCCAGGAUACAGAGAAAUAUGAAGAUCACACGUCGUCUCAACGUUCUUCAAACCGUAUUCAUCUCAAGUCCUCAAGGAGCCCACGAACUGCAGGCGUAGAACCCGAGGAACCUUCCUGCCGGUCGUCAACAUGCCAGAGCUGAACUGCUCCUUCGCUGCUCUUUUCACAAUCGGCGCCGCAGUGUUCAAUGACCCGGGCUGCCCCGAGGCUGCUUUGGUGUGUGGGAUGAAUGUCUCCCGGGCGUUGGCUAACGCUACCGCACAAGAUCUGCAUGAGAUGUGCUUGAGCGAGAAGGACUACCUGGCCGUGCACCUGGGGUCUCCGAGGUCCCCCGUGUUCCUUCCCGUCUGCAUCACCUACCUGACCAUCUUCGUGGUGGGUGUCCUGGGCAAUUCUCUGACCUGCAGCGUCAUUUUGCGACACAGGGUGAUGCAGACGCCCACCAACUACUACCUGCUCAGCCUGUCGGCGUCUGACCUGCUGGUGCUGCUGCUGGGCAUGCCGUUAGAGCUCUACGAGAUGUGGCAGAACUACCCCUUCCUGCUCGGGGAGGGGGGUUGCUACUUAAAAACCUUCCUGUUUGAGACCGUCUGCUUCGCCUCCAUCCUCAAUGUCACGGCGCUCAGCGUGGAGCGCUACGUGGCGGUGGUGCACCCCCUCAAAGUCAAACACAUGGCCACACGUGCUCACGUCAAGAGGGUCAUCUUCAUACUCUGGGUGCUGUCCAUGCUGUGUGCUGUGCCAAACACCAGCCUGUAUGGGAUUGUGACGCUGCCUCCGAAGUUUGGACGACAGUUUCCACGAUCUGCCAUCUGCCAUGUGAUUAAACCCAUCUGGAUCUACAACCUGAUCAUCUUGAUUUCUACGUUGGCCUUCUUCCUGCUCCCCAUGCUGAUAAUUAGCAUUCUCUACCUGCUCAUUGGCUUGGGGCUGAGGAGGCAGAGGAUGGUGACUGUGGUGGACACCAGCUUUGGACCGGAAAGCCUCUCCAGGUCCCACAUGGAGAAACUGAGCAAACGCAACAACCAAGUCACCAAAAUGCUGUGUGUGCUGGUGGUUGUGUUUGGUCUCUGCUGGGCUCCCUUCCAUGCGGACCGCUUAAUGUGGAGCUACCUCAACCCCUCGUCCGUGGAGCACCUCCAGGUCUUCAAGCACGUCCACAUCAUCUCCGGAGUCUGCUUCUACCUGAGCUCUGCCAUAAACCCCAUCCUCUACAACCUCAUGUCCACAAAGUUCAGAGAAAUGUUCCGUCACGUUACUUGUUAUCCCGGCUGGCGCUCCAGCUUACUGAUGACCAACGCAGCACCUUGA